GGUCGAACGCUUAUCAAAAAUUUCACGCGCAACAUAGAAUCCUUCGAGCCGGAAGUGCGAUUAGAACGUUCCUUUGGCGAUUCCGCAACAAGGAUCAUCCUUGAUAAAUUAAAAUCGCGCGAGUCUCGUCACGCCGAGAAUCGGGCGUGAACGCAUUGUUUUGAUUCUCGGAUAAUGUAGACGGAAAUCUUGAAGUUUCGAGCAACAACCACGUGCACUGCUAGAAGAACAUCCGGAAGACAUCUUGCAAUUGUAAUUAGCUGCAUUCGGGAAACAUGGCGGAAAAGAUGUACUAUUGGGGAGAAGAGAAGGACCAGGUGGAUCCGGAUCAAGCUUUCAUAGAGUUCAAAGCGAAGCCGGUCGCUUCCGAGAGGAAGCGGGAUUAUACUUCUGCUUCCGUUCCAAAGAUGACCGUCUCCGCGCCGCAAGGCAGAGCGACGGAAGUUGGGAAUCGCGAAGAGGAUACGGAACGAGGCGGAUGGGACAACAAACUCGACUUCCUGUUUUCUUGCAUCAGCGUGUCCGUCGGUUUGGGCAACGUAUGGAGAUUUCCGUAUUUGUGUUACAAAAACGGCGGUGGUGUGUUUCUUAUCACUUAUGGAAUCGCUAUGCUUUUCUGUGGAAUUCCAAUUUUCUUCCAAGAAGUCGCUAUCGGGCAAUACCUUGGCGCUGGAGGGAUGACGCUCGUGGGUCAACUGUGCCCUUUGUUACAAGGUGUCGGAUACGCUACCAUGACUAUCGUAUUCUUCCUCGACGUGUAUUACUGCAUAAUUAUCGCUUGGACACUUUUCUAUCUCAUCAGCACAUUCGCAAAUAUACCUGGGGUACCUUGGAGCGGUUGUGGCAACUGGUGGAACACCAAAGACUGCUAUGCUGGUUCUGAAAAAAUCGAGCCUGGAGGAAAUGUUUCGAAUAAUAUUAAUGCAACGAGCAAUGUUACUUUGCAUCAUACGACACCCGUCGAGGAAUAUUGGGAACGACGGGUUCUUGGGAUCACUUCCGGUAUCGAAACGAUCGGUGGCAUACAAUACGAGCUGUUGGGUUGUCUGGUCAUCGGUUGGCUGCUCGUUUACUCGAUCAUCCGUCGUGGUCUUCAUCAGAGCGGUAAGAUCAUCUGGUUUUCAGCCUUGUUCCCCUACGUGGUGCUUUUCAUUCUUUUGGGAAGAGCGGUGACAUUGGACGGGGCCUACGAUGGUUUACUAUACUACGUCACGCCCAGAUGGGACCAGUUGCUAUCGCCAGGACCAUGGAUCGAUGGUGCGACACAAAUUUUCUUCGCUUACAGUAUCGGCACCGGGGCACUGCCUGCUUUGGGAUCUUACAACAAGUUCCAUCAUAAUUCCUACAAAGAUGCACUAAUCACUUGCAUAGUGAACACUCUAACUUGUCUUCUGGCUGGUUGUGUCACCUUUUCCAUACUCGGUCACAUCGCUUUGGAGCAAAAUACUCAAGUAUCCGAAGUGGUGAAAAGUGGACCGGGUCUGGUGUUUCUCACCUACCCGGAAGUGGUGCUCAAACUACCUGGCGCCCCGGUCUGGGCUAUAAUCUUCUUCGUGAUGCUGCUCAUACUCGGAAUCGAUAGCGAAUUUUGUAUAGUCGAAUCCUUUAUCACGGGUAUGGUCGAUAACUGGCCAGAUCUGCUUCGUCCUCAUAGAAAGAAGUUCACCAUUGCUAUCUGUCUUUUAAUGUUUCUUCUGGGAAUUCCUAUGGUGACCCACGGAGGAGUUUAUAUAUUCCAAUUGAUGGACUUUUAUUCAGCGAGUGGGAUGUCGAUUCUGUGGGUUUGUUUCUUUCAAACGAUCGCUAUAUCUUGGAUCUUCGGGGCGAACAAAUUCUGCGACUGUAUUCAUCAAAUGAUGGGUGUACGAUUGAAUAAAUUUUGGUACAUAUGCUGGGUGGUGUUUGCACCGGUGAUCAUGGCUUUUAUUUUCGUGUUCCAAUGCGUUCAAUAUAAACCAUUGAAAUACGGAAGCGAUUACGAGUACCCAACAUGGGCGGAAGUCGUGGGAUUUUGUCUCAGUUUGUCAUCGAUGAUUUGGAUUCCUGUCUAUGCUAUUUAUUACGUCCUCGUUACUCCAGGAUCAAUUAAAGAGAAUAUUUUAAAGGGCCUAAAACCAAACAUAAAAUCCCAUCCAAAAUUACCUAAGGGAGAGAAAUCAGCAGUGAUACCGAUGUCCGAGAGCAGCGCAGGAUUAAUCACCAAGAACAACAGCUUCUUAAGUCAAACAUGAUCUCAACGCAUCAAUGAUCGCUUAAUCGCUACUCAUAGAUUGUAAUUAAAAUAAGAGUAAUAUUUUUAAUCGAAUUUAAGGGAAGAAGAGAGAUACUUGAAUCGAAAAAUCAACUUCCUUACCGACACAUUGAUACUUGCGUGAAACUGCUUGGGGGAUGAAGCUGGAGACAAAGUUUAUAAUAUACUGCGAUAGUGAACAGUGCUAGUUUUUCAGACGAUUAUUAUAUUUACGAAUAGAAACGAAAGAGGUUCUAUAUUUUUCUAUCGCGAAUUCCGUUUACUAAAAACAUUCAGUUGAUAGUACAAUUUCAAUGGGAAAGAAGAUUUUUAGAUGAUAGAAGAGCAAUUGAAAAGCGUGUGAUAAGUUUAGGAUGCCUUUACAAAACCGUAGUAUUUUUUUUAUUCCAGAUAUUAUGAUAGUUUUUCAUACGAACGAGAUCGAACGACCAAUUAAUAUAGUACUAACAAUAAUGAAAAAAAAAAAGAAGCUUCUUUUAUAAUACUCUCUUUUAGAAAACUGGCCUAAUAUGUUUCCUGAUCGUUUCAGGAUCAUUUUUAACAAUACAGACUACGCUGGAUCGCUAGACGUUGUUUCAACGAGUUGAAGUGGUUGUUGCUGUUGUACGAUAUUGAGAGAGGUCUAAAAGUUUUAUCCAACGAUUGUUUAUAUUUUAUUAUUGCACUGUUACGGUGGAAAGUAUUUCCAAUAGAGAACUAAAGGUGUUGCGAACUCACGCGUCGAGUACUGUUAACAAUUACGCGAUAAACAGAAUUUAGGUUGAGAGAAACCGGAUUUAUUUUAUAUAAAGAAUGAAGAUUACGUGGAAACAUUAUUACCUUGUAAGCGAUCAUUAAAUGUAAUUCGAAUCCAUACUAGGGGCUUCAUUCACUGACAUUAAUUAAAAAAUGUUUUUUUUUUUUUUUUUUUUUCAUUAUAAUUGAUAUUUUCCUAACGUUCUUUUUUUAUUUAUUUACUGAAACAUACUAUGUUUCAUUUGAUCCAAACUAUUUGCAACAGUACAAAUUUUAACGUUAGUUGAUACGAAAAAGUGAAUUCCUACAACAAUGUGUCCUAAUUAUAAUUUUGAAUAAUACGAGCACUCAUUAAAUUAGUAGCACUGACGAUCACACAAAAUGAUUGUUGAACUAUAGAAUAACGAGAAUAUUUUCUAAGGACCUCUCGACCGCUCAAACAUAUUGUAAAUUUUAAUCUCGAGCUGGUUCCAUCCGCAUGGAUUAAAAUUGAGAUAUUUGUAAAGUAACUUAUAAUUUCUAUUAAAAUACAACAAUCCGAUGUAUUUCAAUGAAUUAAUCAAUAAAAGCGUUGAAAUGAAA